AUGGAUUUAAAGGUUGUCAAAAUUAAUCUGCAGCACUCACGGUGUGCAACGGACAACCUAACCGUUCUCCUGGCGGAGGAGGACGUGGACAUCGCACUAAUUCAGGAACCCUGGGUGCGGAGCACCGAGGUGAAAGGUUCACAGGAUGUGACGGCUGUUGAGGUGGAAGCCACUGACGGAGUCGGAAUAACGCUUGCCUCUAUAUACAUGGCACACGAAAGACCAGCACCGCCUGAGGAGGCUCGUAAACUUGUGCAGGAAAACCCGAACAAAACCCUGCUUCUCGGAUGCGAUGCCAAUGCAAGAUCUGAAAACAUUUUGCCAUCCUGCAUACAACACGAAGCAGGUGACAUCCCUCGUGUCACCGAGCAAGAACUACAAGCGCCGUGUAAUAAAAUAAAGUCUAAAAAGGCUCCAGGCCCAGAUGGCAUACCAAAUAGAGCUCUGAAAUUAGCAAUUUGCAAACGUCCAGACAUAUUUCAAGCAGUCUUCCAAACCUGCCUUAACGAAGGCACUUUCCCAAAGAGGUGGAAGAAGCAAACUCUUGUGCUUUUACCCAAGGGCAACAAAAAGCCUGGCGAACCCGAAUCAUUCCGACCAGUAUGUCUACUAGACACAAUGGGGAAAAUCCUAGAGAGAAUUAUUUGCGACCGGCUGUCGUCUUUCGCUGAAGACAAAGGUUUGUCUUCAGUAAAUCCCGCUCAACAGUGGAUGCUAUCAAAUGCGUGGUAG